AUGCAUAAUCAGAAGCUGGGUAAAAAAGAUGAUUUUCUACAUUGCAUCGACAAAGGUGAUGUUCCACAAUCUACGCUUCAUAUUGACCAUUUGGGUACAUUGGAUGCGACAUCAAAGAGCUACAAAUAUAUUUUUGCUGUCGUGGAUGGUUUUUCCAAAUAUACUUGGAUAUAUCCUACUAAAACUACAGAAACACAAGAAGUUGUAAGACACCUUGAGUCAUGGGUGACAAUUUUCGGCAGUCCGCAGCGUAUAAUAAGCGAUAAGGGUACAGCUUAUACUUCCAAAAUGUUUAAAGAAUUUUGUAGCAAAUAUAAAAUCGAGCAUGUCGAGAUAACAGCGGGCGUACCAAGGAGUAACGGUCAGCAACAGAACCGGACAAGUGGUAUAAGUACACGUCACAAGUACAGCGGGCCAUUAAUUCUCACAUUCACGAUUCGACAAAAUUUACACCAUUUGAAAUUGUAUUCGGUGUGA